GUUCAACCUUGUAAGGAUGAUCCCUCAAAAAAAAAAAAAAGCCCAGCCUGCAGACACGCCCCUGCCUUCCGACGUGACGGAGCAGCUGGAUGACGCCGCGCAGCAGGUGCAGACGGCCUACAUGGACUACGUGCUCCUAGACGCCCGCACCCUGCGGUCCGCUAAGCGUGGGCCGGCGGACCCCGGCGGGGCCAUCGGGCCCAGCCGCCGGCAACGCCAGCACCGCAGCCGCAGUACCUCCAGCCUCAUGAGCCUGGGCAGCGCUCCAUUGCGCCCCGGCGGCGCCAGCUCAGGCGCCGCUAGCAUGAGCACCAGCAGCGGCGGCGCGCCCCCCAGCCAGGGUGGCGGCCGCCGCCACAAACGCCACAGCAGCAACACCAAACGCAACCGCCACGGCGCUGCCGUGGCCGGCGGGGGCUCGUAAUGCGGCCACCAGUGGGAGCGGCGAACCUUCGGCUGCUGACAGUGAAUGUCAACGGCCUGGGCUCGCCGCUCAAGGCGCGGGCGCUGGUCUCGCACCUGCAGCAAGUUGGGGCGGAUGUGGCGAUGGUGCAGGAGACCCACGCUACUGACACGACGGCGCUGGAGUCUUGCCUUCGUGCCGCGCAGGGGGCGUGCCUUCCGUGGCGCCACUGCCUCGCUGCCAGCCCGGCAGCGUCGCCCCACUCCUGUGGGGCGGCUAUCCUGGCGCGGAGUCGGCUGUCCCUUCCCGGCUGCGUACUGCAGCCGCCGUCAACGGAUGCGGCGGGCCGUGUGGUAUGUUGGGAUUGGGACGUGGGUCACUUGCGCCUGCGCUUCAUGUGUGUGUAUGCGCCCACGGCCGUGGCGGACAAGCCUGCUUUCUUUGCCGGGCUGCAUCCCCACCUGGCCACGGAC